AUGUUAGUUACAUUUGGUUCGAUUGCUCGGACAUCUCAUUUAUGCCCGGAAGCCCAACAGGCUCUGCUGGAUGCAAUGCAGUCAUUCCCGAACAUCAAUUUUGUCUUGAAAUAUGAAAACGUCGAUAGCACACUGUACCAAUUAUCAAAAAACGUCUAUCUGGCAAAAUGGAUUCCACAAGUUGAACUAAUGGCUCAUCAGGCGUUUCUUGGAAUAAUUACGCACGGUGGGUGGAAUUCUGUCCUGGAAUCCGUGUAUUAUGGCCGUCCAGCUGUCGUUAUACCCUUAUUCGCUGAUCAGUAUCAUAAUGCUCGUGUUAUUGAACAGAAACAAAUAGCAAUUGUCAUAGAUAAAUUUGAAAUCAGUCGAAGAAACCUGCAGAAAGCAAUUCGCGAAAUCACUAACAAUAGAAAGUUAGUUUUCAGUUGCAGUAAUUUUAACCAGAACUACGUGAACAACCGAAGUGCAGCUUUUGGUGUUUGCUGA